UGAGACGGAUGCCAACUGCCGUAAAACACGAAGAAGAAAAGGUGUCGCAAAGCUUAUACUCUGCCGAAAAUCCUCCAAAGAAGACAUGACUUUUAUAUGCUAGCAGAAGACUAUUCUUACAGCUGUAGAAACUGUCGAUUAAAAACACAAAUGGCUGGCAGCAGACUAGAGAGGUUUGGAACUGUAUUCACCCGGGUUCGGGAUCUGAUGCGAUCCGGGGUCAUAAAGCCAUCAGAGAAACCCAUCUGGUAUGAUGUAUAUGAGGCUUUUCCACCGAAGAGGGACCCACUUUAUGUGAAGCCACACACCAGACCCAGUACCAAGAAACGGGAAACUGUUCCUGAAAUCUUCUACAAAGAGGAUGAAGCUAGAGCGAAGUUCUAUGAGCAGUAUGGGACGGGUCUUCGGCCUUUUGAUCUGUCCAAGUCAAGCUUUAUUUCUACGUGUCAGAGGUUUGUAGACAAGUACACAGAGUUGCAGAGCCACAGUGAGCUGGAUGGCUCGGCUCUGUUUGAGGAGACGGGGAAGGCUUUACUCUCGGAGGGCAUCGUGCUGAGAAGGAGAGGGGCGCCUCCGGUGUCAGCGGAGUCCAGGGAUCCGGUGCUGGACCUGAAGCUGAGAAUGUUGGCGGAGCAGCAGUCCGUCAGUGCUGACAGCGAGGAGACAACACACAGCACACACACACCGUAGGGCCCAUUGAAUGAGCUGUGGUUGUGUUUUUGCUGCUCCUCUGGAAGGGACUGUCUUUUUAGAAACCGCUUUAACUCAACCACCAAGUCGUGACAUGACCUGUUUCCAUGCCAGCUUCAUGUUUUCUAAACUGAUGUCACGUUAGAUGUCAGUUUCCACAGCACUGCACCACCAGAAGGAUUUUGUCAUUAAAGGAUAAAAAGAACAAACAGUCCAAGCACAUACAUUAUUUAUUUACGUGUAUGUAUGUAACUGUAUGGAAAUGUCAAUUAAAGUUAAUCUUAUUACAUGUUAA